UUAAUCACAAAAAAAAAAACAGCGGUUUCUGAAGUUGCAGUAACGAAAAUGGUUUCAAGAUCGUAUUCGAAUCUGUUGGAGCUUGCUUCAGGUGACUCUCCAACGUUUGGUCGCAUGAACCGACAGAUCCCUCGCAUCAUGGCGGUCGCCGGAAUCAUGUCCAACAUCGAUAACGACUCCAAAGAAAGUGUUUCCUCUGAUCUUCCUCCAAAAGAUCGUAUCAUCAUCGUAGCUAACGAGUUACCGAUACGAGCUCAGAGAAAGCUAGAGAGCAACAUUGGUAGUAGUAGUGGUAAUAGUAGUAAUUCAAGUAAUUGCUGUAGCAAAAGUUGGAACUUUUCUUGGGAUGCGAACUCGCUGCUCCUUCAAUUGAAAGAUGGGUUAGGAGACGAAGCGACUGAAGUUAUCUAUGUAGGUUGUUUGAAAGAAGAGAUUCAUCCUAACGAGCAAGAAGAAGUGUACCAGGUUCUUCUCGAGAGUUUCAAGUGUGUGCCAACGUUCUUGCCUUCGGAUUUGUAUAGUAGAUACUACCAUGGAUUCUGCAAGCAGCAGCUCUGGCCUCUGUUUCAUUACAUGUUGCCACUCUCUCCUGAUCUUGGAGGCAGGUUUGAUCGGACUCUGUGGCAAGCUUACGUCUCCGUGAACAAGAUCUUCGCGGACAGGAUCAUGGAGGUGAUUAACCCCGAGGAUGAUUUCGUGUGGAUACAUGAUUACCAUUUGAUGGUCUUGCCUACGUUCUUGAGGAAGAGGUUUAACAGAGUCAAGCUCGGUUUCUUCCUCCAUAGUCCGUUUCCUUCUUCGGAGAUUUACAAAACUCUGCCUAUUCGUGAGGAGCUUCUUCGGGCGUUGCUUAACUCGGACUUGAUAGGGUUUCAUACGUUUGACUACGCGAGGCACUUCUUGUCUUGCUGCAGUCGAAUGCUCGGUCUUACCUAUGAAUCAAAGAGAGGUUACAUUGGACUUGAGUAUUACGGUAGAACCGUGAGUAUCAAAAUCUUGCCUGUGGGAAUCCACAUGGGUCAGCUUCAGUCGGUUUUGAGCUUACCGGAGACCGAAACGAAAGUCAAGGAGCUUAUUGACCGGUACUGUCGAAAGGGGAGGACAAUGCUGCUCGGUGUGGAUGACAUGGACAUCUUCAAGGGCAUAACCUUGAAGCUCUUGGCUAUGGAGCAGCUGCUUACACAACAUCCUGAGUGGCAAGGGAAGGUUGUGUUGGUGCAGAUAGCUAAUCCGGCGAGAGGGAAAGGGAAAGAUGUUAAGGAGAUGCAAGCUGAGACGUAUUCAACUGUUAAACGGAUCAAUGAGACUUUUGGGAGACCAGGGUAUGAUCCUAUAGUGUUGAUCGAUGCGCCGUUGAAGUUUUAUGAGAGAGUUGCUUAUUACGUAGUUGCUGAGUGUUGUUUGGUAACAGCGGUUAGAGAUGGGAUGAAUCUUAUACCUUAUGAGUACAUAGUGUCUCGUCAAGGGAACGAGAAGCUGGACAAGAUUCUGAAGCUGGAUCCGAAUAAUCGUAGUCACAAGAGCAUGCUUGUGGUGUCUGAGUUCAUUGGUUGCUCUCCAUCGCUAAGCGGAGCCAUUCGUGUUAAUCCCUGGAAUGUUGAUGCAGUGGCUGAUGCAAUGGACAGUGCACUUGAAGUUGCUGAGCCGGAGAAGCAGCUAAGGCAUGAGAAGCAUUACAAGUAUGUGAGCACACAUGAUGUUGGUUAUUGGGCUCGUAGCUUCCUCCAAGAUCUUGAGAGGAGUUGUGCUGAGCAUGGCCGAAGGAGGUGUUGGGGAAUUGGGUUUGGUCUCAGUUUCAGAGUUGUGGCAUUAGACCAGAGCUUCAGGAAGCUGUCAAUGGAACACAUAGUAUCAGCUUACAAGAGGACGAAGACGAGGGCUAUUCUUUUGGACUACGACGAUACUUUGAUGCCACAGGGCUCCAUCGAUAAAAGACCUUCUUCAAAGUCAAUCGACAUAUUGAACAAGUUAUUAAGAAACGAAACUAGUCUCUUCUUUGCUCUAGCAACUUCCUCUUGGGACUGGAGAUACUCAGCUGAAACACAGCUCAAAGCACAGAGAGAGCAGUAA